UAUCUCAGUGGGGGUGAAAGUACUUUUGCUGUAGCAAAAGUAUGGAAAACUGUAUUCUUAAGGGGAAAAAAAUGUAUUUAAUUCUGUUAUCACAGAGCAGCUAUCUCUAACACAGAACAGUUGACACAAGCCAGUUAAGUCGAGAUUGCCCGUGGUGGCUUUCAUGGCAUCCACACAGAUGAUACAUAACUUUAACUGAUUAGAUGACAAUGUUAGCUAUCUCAACGCAUAAAUUUGUCAAGGCAAAGGCCGAUCCACUCCCAUAACCUGUCUGCAACACAGAGUACAGUGAAUGCCUAUGGUGGAGUAAGAACACAAAAUACCACCUAUAUCACUCAGGCAUACCUAGACAAGGGCAAGACUAGGUCAAGCCCACUCUUUCCAAUGGUACUAGUAAAGACUCAUCAGAAGAUACAACCUACUAGUGGUUACUUUUAUCGCACAGAUCCCAUGUAACAGAACAAGCAGGAAAAUGGCAUACAACUGUUAAGUCUUGUACAGAAAAAGCUCCGUUUUAAAGACACUAUUUGCAAAGACUCUGGAUUCUAUGUUAAAUGUGGUUUCCUCUUUAAGUAUAAUGGUUAAAUACUGUGGUCACAUUAAAAGGAUUUUUAGGAGGCAGCAUGCUAAAAGUUUAAACUUUUCUCCUUUCAAAUUAGACUAUGAACAAUGUAUUUAAACAGAAAUUUAGAUUUAAUAGGAAGCAACAGAAAACAAGCAACCACUACACCAUCGUGCUACUUAACUGAGCAAUCCCCGUGAAAUUUAAGUCUAUGUCCUGUAUUAAAUUAACCACUGUGAUGUCAGUGGGAAUGUGGUGAGAUAUUGCAACCAACAGACUUUUGUCCUGUCAGAACCCUUCCCUACAAAGGAAAACCAAAUGCAGUGUGGUAAGAGCUGUGACAGGGCCAGCAAACAGGGCGCUGCCCUGCCGAGCACGACACAAGGAUGCUUCGCUUCCCCCUGGUUUUCCCGUAUCCCUGCGAUCUCAGUCACGCAACACACGACAGACAUUGAGCAUACAGCAACCCCACGAUGAACCCUUCUCCAGUCAUCCUUCUGGUAAACACUGAACGCCUUUUAACAUCAACCCGGCCUCAUCCUUCUCCACCACCGCUCCUCUCGAGCCCCGCACGGGUGUUUGACAGCUCGGCGUGCGGGGCCGGGCUGCACUCCCCGCGCCUCCUCGAGGUGGCACCGCUGCGCCGGGCUCUUCUCCCAAGGGAUCCCCACGGGGCCGUACCCGGCCGGGCCUCACGGUGCGGGCUGAGGCUCGCAGCGCGCCUGCGCCACCGCCGGCGCGCGCGGGGCGCCUCAGUAGAGUUCUACACGGCGCCGCCGGCGGGAACGGCGGCGCGGCGCUGACCAAUGGGGCGGCGCGGCGCCUGGCCGCCGCUGAGGUCAGUUCCGCUGCCCGUCGCUGUGGUGAGCGGAGGGCCGGGCCGAAGCAGCACUAGGAGCAGCAGCACUAGAAGCGGCAGCGGCGGGGGGCGCGGGCUCGCUGUCGCUGGGUGCUGCAAGUUGAUUGAAUAAAAUUAAGGACAUGGAAUAUAAUAUGGAUGCAGUUCCUUGAGCACCACUUCUUCCGAAGAGCAUAUUUUGCAGAUUGGUGGCCCGAAUGAGUAAUUGAUAAGCAGCAUACACAAGAGUAAUAUCAAGAAAACAUUGUCUGUUACUGCUCUGUUUGACAAGACUACUACAGAGUUGCAUCUUCUCAAAUGCAAUUGAAGAAAAUGAGGGAAAUUUUACCAAGAUUGUACCCUGGCCAAGUUAAUGAUAAAAAUAAUUCCUUAACUACAUCCCCAAAGCAAUCUUCUGAAGAUAAAACAAAUCCAUCAAAAGGGGAUGAUGACCAGAACUGCCUGUACCAAGGGACUGAGGCUGAGAAUAAUAAGUUGUCACUGAUAAACUGUAUAAAAUGCAGAAAUGUUCAGAAAAUUUCAAUGCGAGAUAUGGAAAAGCAUAAGAAACUCGGGUGGACUGAAGACAAAAAUUUCAUAUGUAAGACAUGCAGUCAUAUUCCACCGCCUGCUUUCCAUUUUGUUCCUGAAGGUGCCAACGCUGUAGACUUUGAAAAGCAUGAAAAAAUAUCCUCAAGUAGAAAACAGAAAACAUUUAAAGUUAAAAACUUUCUGCCAGGUAAAUACUACUGUGAUAAGUGUAGAUUUUCAACACGGGAUCCUUUACAGUAUAAAAAGCAUAUAGGUCAACAUGAAGAAAUUAAAUUUAUUUGUUCUCAAUGUAAUUAUGUAUCUUACACUAAAGGUGAAUUCCAGAGACAUUUGGUGAAACACACUGGAACUUUUCCUUAUCAGUGUGAAUACUGUGAAUAUGGUGCCGUUAGACAUGACUAUAUAGUAAAACAUACAAGAAGAGUACAUGAAGCACCCACAAAACGGCCUUCAAAUACUACCAUAAACCACAAGCGAAAGAAGGCUUGCUUGCCAAGUAAAAGCACUUUAUUUGAAAAGCAGAAAUAUGAAGAAAUUCCUUUUCAAAGUGAACUUUCAAAUUCAUCUUCAAAUAUGAUUUGUGAGAUUCCAGAAAGAGUGACUAAAAUAGUCUGUUCAUCUCAUGAUACAGAAUGUAGCAUAAAUGCAACAUCACUACAGGACAAAACAAUAUUGGAGCCAUCUGAAAUAAACAUCUGUGAGAAUCAAAGUGUGGAAGUUGAGGUUUAUUCUCCAAAAUCUGAGCCUUUACAACCUGGAAUGCCUUUAACAGUAAUUGCACCAUCUGAACUUGUAGUUCCUUCUAACUGUUUAGCUCAGAUAGUAGAGAUUAAAAUAGUGAAUGGAGCUCAACAGCUGGUUCUUAAACUAAUUCCUAUGAAAGAAGCAGCUUACAAACCUGUGAACUGUGCUGAAGAGGAACUUGAGUAUCAAGGUAUAGAACGAUCUGUAGAAGGAAAAAAACCAUCUCCUGUGAUUCAAAAUGAGUUACUAACCAUGGAAGUGAAUGUAGACAAGUUAUCCAGUGUUAGUAACCAGCUUAAUUUGGAGAGUACACAUGACAAAAAUUCUGAAUGUCUUUGUUCUUCAGAUUCUCAAUGUUUAGACUACAAUUCUGUAUCUAUACAGAGAGAAGAUGCAUCAAAAUUACGCCUUCAUUUGGUAAAAGGUAUUGAUGUGCAUUCAGGUGUUGCAGAGCUUUAUUCUCAGUCUCUGGUGACUAACAGUACUGAAAAAAAAAGUGAUCUUAAAUCCUCAAAGUGGGAAGUAGAUGGAAAAAAUAACUUACAUUAUGAUUUGUACUGUUAUGAAAAAGGUGUGGAUAUAUCCCAUCCAAAACAUGCCACUGUUUCUGAAGAUAAAAGUUUCAAGAAUGUUUCAGUAAAGGCUACUCAGGAGGGCAAAACAUUCUAUUCUGCUGCAGUCCUUAAACAAAAAGAUACAUUGCCUCUAAAGAGGGAUGACAAAGAAUGUAAGAAUCUGGUAGUUAGCUCUGCAGAAACACAUCUAACUGGUAAGGGUUUUGAUAAAAAAUCUGUUACAUGUUCUGAAGCAGAAAAAAACUUUAAUUUCACUAAAACUCCACCUUGGGAGGACAUGACUUUUGGCUUUAGCAAAGUAAAGAAAGCUGAAACCAUAAGUCCAAAAAACAAUAUUCUUCUGGAAUCAUUAGAACUACAGAAAAUGGAAAAUAAGAGCAAUCCUUUUGAGGGACCUGUUAUUUCAUCUGUAUUUUCUCUUAGUUCUGGGGCCGAAAAUGUUCCAGAGGGCAUCAGAUGGGAUAAUACAACAUGCAAUAAGAAGUCAGCAACGUUGCUGUGUAGAAAGAUUGCUCAGCUCAUGUCUGCUGCUGAAUCUAACAUGAAAUCUAUGCCUUUGAGAUGUCAAGCUUCUAGUAAAAAGGUGCAUUUCCCUCAGGAAAAUUCAGCAAGCUGUGAGAGAGUCGUUCCUGCCACUGAAUUGGAACAAGCUAUGUCUUUCCCUCAAGUGCAUGGUGGAAAUAGUGUGAUUAGUAGUGAAGAACACAGUAACGAGCAGCUGCUUACAUUUGCAAGAACAUCUAAAAGCAGGGUAACUAAAAAUUCCAAUGUUGCUACUCCAGUGUUUAUCCCCAAAGGGACAGUGUUGAGAGUGCUUAAUGCUACUAGCAGUCAAAACUCUAAAGGAAUAGAGAAGAGGAGUGAAGUAUCAGCUCCUUCUGUGUAUUGCAAUGAAAUGCUUUUGCCUCGCCCAGUUCCUGUUAGUGUUUCUGAGAAAUUUAGCAGUAAUUUGCCACAUUUGCCUAAUCAGAUUGAACCAAAUGCUCAGUCUCAAAGUCUAUCGCUCAGGCAAAGACCAAGGCGAGAAGCAAGUAUUAAAAAUAGCAAACAAAAUGGUGUACCAUAUCAGAAAAGCAGUGAUGUGAGUAAGCAAAGCAAACCCUAUUCAAAAAGUCAACUAGGACCCAAAAAUAAGGUAAAACAAGCAAGCUUCAGGGAACUUCCUAAGAGGAAAACAAGAACUCAGUCAGAAACCAGUUCAAGUUCUGACAUGUCGUAUCUAUUGACAGCAAGACGUCUUCGGCUUGUCCCUCUGAGAAUGAAUCAGUUGAUCAGAUGCCCUCGUCGCAACCAGCCAGUUGUGGUACUAAACCAUCCUGACGUUGACACGCCAGAGAUAAUUAAUGUCAUGAAGACUAUCAACAAGUAUAAAGGUCACGUCCUGAAAGUAGUUCUAUCGGAAAGGACAAGUAGUUGUCUUGGUGUCAAACGUUAUCGAAAGCGUCUUACUCUUCAAAAUGCUGAGACAGGAAGCCAAGCAAAAAAGCAGAGUAUGCUAAAAAUGAAACUAAAAAAGACCCAUAAAAACAAUUACCAGGUGGUAGAAGCUUCACCAGCUGAAACACUUCAGUGUAUGUUUAAGUGUUGGUUUUGUGGAAGAGUAUAUUUGGACCAAGAAGAAUGGAUAAGUCAUGGACAAAGGCACUUGAUAGAGGCAACUAAGGGUUGGGAUGUUCUUUCUCUUCCAGUAAAAAAUCAUUAAGC